AUGGUUCAACAUACAACUGCAGAAGACACUUGGACGGCGUUUGAGAAACUGCUCCUGGCACAGGCAGUAUACAAAUUUGGUGAUAAUUGGAUAACAGUUUCUCGAACUAUGAAACAGCAUCCCAUGAUUAGCAAACCACCGGAAUUUUUUUCACCAAAGAUUUGCCAAAAUAAAUACAAAGUUCUCAUAGGGCCCUUGGAGAUGGAUGAAGUCGAAUUGGAGAAUAAAAAGAAACUUGGAGAAGGCAUAGGAGCAAAUGAUACACGAAUGCCAGUAGCCGCAAAAUUAGCUCGUAAACUAUAUAAUGACCGGAUAGGCGAACUAAAAUCAUUGAUCGGAGAAGAAGAACAGAAAUUUCGCAAGGUUGUUGCAGAGAUAGAUGAGAUAAGAUCAGGGAAACGGGACGACGAGUUAAGGGAAAUAUUAAAAGAACAAAAUCGGGAAAAGGAUCAUACGCAAAAUGUAUUAGAGGCAACUACCAAGACAAACGCUACUACUGUUGCGAAAGGCAUAGCAGGCAAAUCAGACGCAGUAAAGUCAACGGUCACCCGAACAGCGACUACGAAGCACACCCGUUCACCGCGUCUCGCUUCAUUACCCACGACAUCAAUAAAUACUUUCAGAAGUGCAAGAGAUAAACAGGCGGGAACUUCAGUCGACAAGGCAAGGUCACGUUUAGACUCCAUGGACAUUACUCAAACAUCUGCUACUAUUGAACAGUCUUCGCAGUUAGCCUCUGAGAAAGUUGGCAAAGACUUGGCAACAUCCGGAUCAUCGGUCAAGCCAGUCGAUCAUAUGGAUGUUGACACAAAAUUUCCUGAAGAUAGCUUUGAUAUUUCAGAAAACGUUACUACUCCCCAAGAGCCUAACAACGAAUUAGAGCCGCUAAAACACGAAGCAGUAAGGAGAAUAAUGAAAGCCACAUCACCAAGUCAGACCGAAUUGGAAAUUGACAGCCCACGAACAAUCGCUGGAGACUCGGCUAUGGAUAUUGACGAACAAAUGGGCGAAAUUAAUCCGUCUUCUAGGGAUGUUGCAGAGACAUCACCGCGUGUACACUUUGCCGAAGCAGGGCUCGGAUCUUUGUCUCAUCCCACUGUUGGUGGAAGAAUGGAAUAUGAUGACGAUACUACGCCGGGUAAUGGCACUCAAUCAGACAUAGAAGCAUCGAAUAUAAGCCCUAGAACUCUGCCGGCAGGUAAAGACAGAGAUACAAGCUCAUUUGAUGGUAUAAUUGUGUCGUCACCCAUUCACAUGGAAGAUAUGAAUUCAGCUGAAGCGCAGGCAUCUACGAUACCUUACACAAUAGUAAUGCAAACAGGUGCCAGUAUGGAUACAACAAGAGAAGAAAACAGUGAUGAUGAUGACGUGCGAAUGGUAGAUGUGUUAUCGGAUGAGGAGGAGGCCAAGGAAGCAAAUAUGAGCAAGGAUAAUGAACACGAGUUGGAGUCGGCAACUUCUCGAGAAAUGAAAGAGACGCCAACUUCUGCUGGGCGUGCGCCUUCUACUCCUGAAGAUGGCGCCAGUGAAAUAACAAGUGUAACACCAGGUGCAGAGACGUCAGAAGGUGCUGGGUCAACGGCUGACAAGAAACACAAGACGUGGUUGAGACUUGUGUAUAUGAUAUUAACUGAUAUUGGUAACCAUCGAUUUGCGAGUGUGUUCCAGAAUCCGAUUAAAGAACAAGACGCACCUGGAUAUUAUAGUAUUGUCAAACAACCAAUGGAUCUGAAAACCAUUAAGAAGCGACUCCGUGAUUUAGUUGUAACAACGACAGAUGAGUUUCAUCGAGACUUGAUGUUAAUGUUUAUGAAUGCAUUAAUGUAUAACCGAGAAGAAACGCAUAUAUAUCAAGUAGCAAUGCAAAUGAAAGAUGAGGUGGAACAAAUGAUUCUAGAGUUUAAGCGAAGCGAAAGUGCUCGUGCAGGAUCAUUUGAGACAACUACGCGGAGAAAGAGUGUGGCAACUGAGCCUACUAGUCGGAUACUGCUGACAUGA